AUUUCUUUUCAUCGCUAAUACCAACUUCAUUGCUUGCUAGUUCCUAACAUCAAAUCUAACGCCAAAGCCUGAAAUUUUGAACAAUGGCUUCAUCAAGUAGUAAUUCUCCAUCUUCCAAGAAACCAAAAAUUGAAAUUGAAGAACAAACCCUAGGUGAUGAUCGUAUCAGUCAGUUACCGGACUCACUCCUCGUACAAAUCCUCUCUCUUUUGGCAACAAAGGAUGCAUUCGCCACAUGUAUUCUCUCAAAAAGGUGGCAGUAUCUCUCGACUUUUGUUUAUAACUUCAUUUUCACUAUCACAAAUGACCAAGCAAGAGAAAAUUUCUCCUUCGUAGACUAUGCCUUAACUCAUUCCCUCUCUUCCAAAAUUAAAAAAUUCCAACUCGACUGCACUGACCUGUAUCCAUCAGACCGCAGUUUGGAGUAUGAAUAUGACGCGCUAGUCAGGCGAUGUCUUAGUUUUGCUGUUGAGAGGAAAGUGGAAAAUCUUGUAUUGUGGUCAUUUGUGGAUGAUCAUUGCACAUUGCCUGAAUCUGUAUGUACCUGUUCGUCGUUGAUAACUUUGGAUGUUAAAUAUUGUGGGUUUGAUUAUUAUCACCCGGUCAUAUCGUGUAAAUCUCUAAAGAGCUUAAAGUUAGGGUAUACAGUGUUAUCAGAUGAAAAUAUUGUGAACUUACUGUCAGGUUGUCCUGAAUUGGAAACUAUGGAAUUAUAUAGGGUUGAGGGUUUCUGUCGCCUGGAAAUUAAUUCUUUAAAAUUAAAGAGAUUCAAGCUGAAAGGUUAUUUGUUUGCUCAGGCUGGAGGAGAUUCUUUAGAAAUUAUUGCCCCGUAUCUUCACCAUUUGGAAAUAUCAGGAGAUCUUUAUGAUCUUAAGUGUAGACUUGUUGAUGUUUCCUCUGUGGUUAAUGCUAAGCUUACUUUCAACAUUAUGUGUAUCAAAGAGAUUGAUAAUGAUGAUGAUGAGGAAGAAUUUGAUGAUGAGGAAGAAUCUGAUGAGGAGGAAGAUAGUUGUCGUGACUAUCAUGAAGCAGUAUAUACCCUCGUCCAAGAUAAUCUUCAGAAAUUGAGUUGUGCAACCAAUCUAACAAUUGGAACUUGGUUCACAGAGGUCCUAUGCAUGUUGCUGUUCAAAGGGGUGUCGAUUCCAGAAUUGAAAUGCAAAUAUCUAACGCUGGAGUUGCAUUUCAAAGAAUUUAAUUUGUACGGGGCAACUGGCCUUUUGCGGGCCUCGCCUUACGUGGAGACACUCAACAUAGACAUGGAUACCAAGCAUUUUGAUGAUUCCCGCUGCUGCUUUGAGUUACUAGAUUUGGCCAAAGGAGAUAAUAUUGAUUUGCAGAGUUGCAUUUCAAGCUUUGUGUUUCCCAACCUCAAGAAUGUUAAGAUUGUCUUCUCCUCACGGCAGUGCUUGAAGAAUCAUGUCAAAUGGGGACUUGACAAGCUCUUCAAGCUUUUGGAAUUUCUAUUAAGGAAUGCAAAAUUUUUGGAGAAGUUCAUUAUCAUAUUAGAGAGAAGAUUGUGCGGAAUAUGUUCAAUGAACUGUUUGUCCCAAUAUUUAUUUCGGUUAGCCGAGAAAUUGUCAGGUUGCCCAAGAUCGUCCACCAAAUUUAUGAUUAUCUUCAGGGAGGUUUCUUUGAAGUACUGCAACUUGACAUUUGAGUUCGAUUUGUGGAAUUCUCAACCAAGUAUACGAAUGUAGAUAUUGGGUGUCGUCUGACAUGCUCUGAAGGCCCAGGUUUGCUCCAUAAAGCCCGGCAAAAAUUCAAGAAUUGCUGCAGAGUAUAUAGGGAGGCCUAUUUCAGAGCUCUCACCAGUUCAACCUAUUCAUCUUUCACUAAACUUAAUGUCCAUGGCUAAUUUUGGACUAACUGGCCCUUCCUUGAUAUCGAUCUUCUCCAUGGAAUUUCAACGAGUUUAUUAUCACCUUGGAAAUGCAACAACUUGACCGCGAGAUCUGUAUGUGGAAGUGCUGGUAACAUCUGCUACAGCAUGGCCGAUGACAGUCUCUUGCUUUGUGACACAGCUGGUGUUUGCCUUGGUACUGUGUAGUUGUGGUACAGGUACCAUCAAGUUUAAUUUUAGGUUUUCAGACUGCAAACCAAUGGCGAAGAAGAACAAAAAAGAAGUUUUCCUUAGCUGCCCUCUCAAAUGAUGAAUAUGAACUAUUUUUGAAGUUGAGGAGGUGUAUGCCAUGGCUUCUUUACAAUGUUUAAAUUCUUAUGCCAAUGAUACCAUCAUUUCGCAGUAUCUUCGCUUAAUUGUUGUUGCGGGACUAACCUUGGAGGAUAUUGUUCGAGGACUAGUCACAUGGACUUUAGAAUGAGGAACUUCCUUUGAAGAAUCAUAAACACCAAGACUGGAAGCGAAGCUAUAUGCUGGUGUUCUUUUGUCUGAAAAUGGCAUUGCGUGUAAACCUAGACCUCCUUCAGCUUUUACUUCCUUCAUGUAAAACAAAUUACUUAAAUAGUUCAACGUGGAAAUUGAAUCUUCUGCGGUUGUUUGUCUGCUAGAGGUGGUGGUGUUCCCGUAACUUUAUCUUGACUUGAUUUGCCAUAGAGUUAAGUGUGAUGAAUGAAUAGAUAUACAAUUCUUUAAA